GGGCACGCCGACAUGGUGCGCCUGCUGGCUGGCCUCGGCGCCGACCCGGGCGCCCCCGCGCGCGGCGGCGCCACCGCGCUGCACGCCGCGGCGGAGGAGGGGCACGCCGAGGUGGUGCGAGCACUCGCGGAGGCGGGCGCAGACCUGGAGGCCAGGGACGGCCGCGGCGCGGCCCCGAUCGACGCCGCUGCGGCGGCGUUCCGUCUGGGAGCCGUGCGCGCGCUGAUGGAGGCGGGGGCGAGCGCGUCCGACUCCAUCGGCCUGCUCUCGCAGCACCCGGACGCGCCCCGGCCGCCGCCGUCGGAGGCCGCCGCGCAGCCCGAGCUCAGCCCGGAGGAGAAGGAGAUGCUCGAGGCGGACAUCGAGAUCCGAGCGGCGGCGCUCAGGAACGGCGUGGUGCUCGGCAGUGGCUCGGAGCAGUGAGCCCGCCUCCCUUGCGGGCAGCACGGGUUCUGCGGCGGCGGCCGCGGGGGUCCUUGUAUUUGUCGGGCGCGCGCGGGCCGUGCAGCGGCCGCGCACGCUCCGCUGUCUCU